AUGCAGGACAGCAAACUAGUUGGGCUCUGGGAUGACAGAAUUGACUUGCCCAAUUUGAAAUACAUGGACCUUAGUCACUCUCGAAACUUGGCAACAACCCCAAAUUUCACUGGCAUUCCAAAACUCGAGGUGUUGAUUCUUGAAGGGUGUGAGAAUUUAGUUGAGAUUCACCCGUCCGUUGCAUAUCUAAAAUGGCUUACAGAAUUAACACUAGAUGGAUGCAAAAGUGUUAAGAGUCUUCCAAGUGAGGUAGAAAUGGAUUCUCUUGUGCAUUUCAGUCUUGAUGGUUGCUCAAAACUGAAAAAGAUUCCAGAAUUUUCAAGACAAAUGGAAAAGUUGUCAAUGCUUAUUUUGAGUGGGACGCCCAUUGAAAAAUUACCUUCAUCAAUUGGACGUCUUGUUGGCCUUACUUUACUGGAUGUAAGCAAUUGUGAAAAUCUCUUGGGUCUUCCGAGCGAAAUUUGUAAUUUGAAGUCUCUUCAAGAGCUCUGUGUGAAUGGAUGCUCAUACAGUGACAAACGCCCAGAAAACUCGUGGGGCUCUUUAAAGAUCUGUAUGCCUAAUAAAUCAGAGCGUAAUAAAUCAAGGUUUUGGUGGGGCCUCCAAAGAAAGGCUUUUGUGUUGGGUUCGCUACAUGGUUUAUGGUCUUUGAAGUAUUUGGAUGUGAGUGAUUGUGGUCUCAGUGAAGGGGAUAUUCCAUGUGAUAUUGGCUGCUUGUCCUCUUUAGAACGAUUACACCUCAGUCGAAACAAUUUUGUUAGCCUUCCUGCAAGCAUUGGAUGUCUUCCUAAGCUUUGCUCAUUUUCGGUGAGUGGGUGCCAAAGGCUUCAACAAUUGCCCCAUCUCCGCUUUGGAUUCAUUGAAGGCUUCAGACAUAUUUACAUGUACACAGACGAUUGCCCUUCCUUAAAAACGUUGCCAAAGUUGAGCAUAAAAAAAGGAAGAUGUCAUGUUUCGUUGAGUUGUGUGAAUUGCUAUGGAUUGGUUGAGAAUGAUGGCUGCGAUGAUAGUAUAAAUAAUCAUCAGGUUCUCUCUUUGUUUGCCAAACUUGGAAUGCUCUGGACUGCUCUGGAUUGGGGAUUCCUUCAGGUACCUUUACUCACUUCGCCAAUUUCAAAUACUCCCGCUUUCCAAAUUGUAACACCUGGAAGUAGAAUUCCAGAGUGGUUCAAUAAUCAAAAUGUAGGAGAUUCCUUAAUUGUGGAGCUACCUCCAUGUACCACGUCCAUUUGGUUUGCUUUUUGUGCUGUCUUUGAAGAAGGUGCCCCUGUGGAUCACCCAAAUUUUCAAAUUGAAUGUCGCCUAGGAGAAGGUGCCGCUGUGCAUAGUACACCCAUUGAUAGAGGCCAUCUUGUGUCACCUCACCUUUGGGCCCGUAUAUUACUCGGGUAUAAAGAAGUGUGGGUUCCGUUUGGUGCACAAACAAGACGUGGAAGAACUCAACCAAAUCAUGAUGAUGAACCACUCCAUCAACAUCAGCACAAAAGCUACUUCUCCUCACAAUUCAGCUGA